AUUGUUGACAUCUGUCAAUAAUGCCAUAACAACCGAACGUGUCAAAAUUCAGUGACAGUUUAUCAAUUUGUCGUCGUCAAAUUUAGGUGAAAUGGACUCACAACCUAGUAAAUCAGAUAUCGAGGCUGUUUUUCACCGAUUACGAGCAAACCCUGCCAAUAAAGCUUGUUUCGACUGUAAUGCAAAAAACCCGACCUGGGCCAGCGUAACAUAUGGGGUGUUCAUCUGUAUUGACUGCUCAGCAGUGCACAGGAGUCUGGGUGUUCAUUUGACAUUCGUCAGGUCAACUCAGCUUGAUACCAACUGGACAUGGAUCCAGUUGAGACAAAUGCAACUGGGGGGCAACUCUAACGCCAUUCAAUUCUUCUCACAACACAACUGCAUGACAACAGAUGCUCAGAAAAAAUACAACUCAAGAGCCGCACAGCUGUAUAAAGACAAGUUGCAUCAAGCGGCUCUAAAUUCGCUUAAAAGUAAUACACAGCUUCAUAUUCAUUCACAUGUUGAGGAGCGUAGUGAAGAAAAGGAAGUUGAUUUCUUCACAGAACAGGAGAAUUUUGCCAUACCAGAUGCCCCCCAAAAACCCCAACACAAAAUUGAAGAAUCACAAUCACUACAAAAGAACAAUAAAAACUCAGAAGAGGGCCCCAAUGUUGAUUUUAAUACUCCCGCCGCGAAUCCGGAACCCCGAAAAUCAACAAUUGCCACCAGAAAGCCCCCUAAUAAAAAAUCAGGGUUGGGGGCGAAGAAGGGCGGUUUGGGGGCGACGAAAGUGAAGACGAACUUUGCUGAGAUCGAGCGUGAGGCUGAAAUCGCCGAGGAAAGUCGCCUCAGGGCCUUGGAAGAGACAGCCAAAGCGGCUGCUUUGUCCUUGAAGGAGCAAGAAGAGCGCGAAGCUGCCGUCCGAUUGGCCUAUAAGGAUCUCAGUAAUGAACAGUUGAAGAAAGAGGAGCAAUUAAGAAGGCAAGAUCCGAAGAAAGCCGAACAGGUGGAACGAUUAGGCAUGGGGGUGAACGCAAGAAGUGGAGUCAGCCAUUCAGCUUUAAGUGACAUGAAAGAAAUCGAACAAGAGAACGUUCAACCGACUCCUAGUACUUUGAGCUCGUUGGGAAAAUUACGAAUUUCUGAUAGCGAUAGCUUCUUUGAUGAAUAUUCGUUUAGUUCGGGGUUUAACAUAAACCGGGCUAAUAAAAUGGAUUUGUUUGGGUUGGAAACUAGUCGGGAGCGAGACAGGGAAAAGGAUAAUUGGGUCAUCGUUGAGGAUCCGGUUGAAAAACCUAAAACGAGUUAUCGGACUCCAGAAAAAGUAACAAAGAGUUUCGAUACGAGUUCAGACGCCGCCCAGAAGAAAUUCGGUAAUGCUAAAGCCAUUUCUUCUGAACAGUUUUUCAACGAUCGCGAGCCGGAUUACGAAACUAAAGCGAAUCUGAAUAGAUUUCAAGGUUCUUCCAGUAUUUCUUCAGCCGAGUUUUUUGGCAACGGCAAAGAAACUACUCCAAGUUCGCACAUGCAAGCAUAUGAUUUAGAAGACGUGAAAGAAAGUGUACGACAAGGUGUAACACGAAUCGCUGGUAAAUUCAGUAAUUUAGCUAAUGACGUCAUGUCUUCGUUGCAAGAUCGCUACGGUAACUAGCAGUUAGUGAAAGAAGAUAAAAUUUAAAGAUUUAUCUUGGCACAUUUACAAUAAAUUGUUGAAAUAAUUGUAUAUUUUAUCCAGUUGAAAAUGUGCCUUGAUUUUAUUAUGUAAGGGGGUUAAUGUUGUAAUUAUGUAGGCUUUGAUCAUAGCACUGUGACAUUUUUAUGAAAAUCACCUAAACAAGAUUUUUAAGAGUAAGACAGUGCCAUUUGUUCUACUUUGUUAAGUCUUGUUUUAUUUUUAUUUUUUCUAUUAUGUAUCAAAUUUAUUUUUAUCUUGAUGAUGCAAUUGUUUACCUCCACUUUUUUGAAUAAAUAUGCUAC